AGAGUAGGGGCGUGGUGUUGUAGUGGUGGUGGUGGUGCUAGAGUUAGGGGCGUGUGGGUGCCCGCGCGUCGCACGGGGCUCGGGUUUUUUUCGCCGCUGCUGCUUUGGUGAUGAUGAUGGAGGCCGCCGCUCCGCGCCGCGCCUGGGCCUCGCUGCUCACCGCAAGCCUCCCCCUGCUCCUCACCCUCCUCCUGUUCGUGCAGCGCGGGGACACGGGGACACAGAGGCUGUGGACAGAUAAUCUCGUGGUUGUAACUGUGGCCACAAAAGCUACUGAUGGAUUUAACAGAUUUAUGCUAAAUGCAAACUACUUCAACUACACCGUCAAGGUGCUGGGGCUGGGCGAGGAUUGGACCGGUGGGGACGUGGCGCGCUCCGUGGGGGGCGGGCAGAAGGUGCGGCUGCUGCGUCGCUACAUGGAGAGCCUGGAAGAGCGGCUCGACUCGCUGCUGCUUAUGUUCGUGGACAGCUACGACGUCAUUUUUGCAAGUGGGCCAGAGGAGCUACUCAGGAAGUUCUAUCUGUCGGGGAGCCGCGUGGUGUUCGGGGCCGAGGCCUUCCUGUGGCCCGAUGAGACCCUUGCUUCGGCCUACCCGGCAGUGAGGGACGGCAAGCCCUACCUCAACUCCGGAGGGUUUAUUGGCUUUGCUAAGGAGAUCCACACGAUGGUUAACGAGUGGAAAGGAGGUGACGACGAGGACGACCAGCUCUUCUAUACCAAUUUAUUCCUCAAAAAAAGGGGCCAGAUCAACAUCACGCUUGACCAUCGGUGUCGGAUUUUCCAAAAUUUGAAUGGCGCCCUCGACGAGGUGGUGAUCAAGUUCGAGAAGGAGCGGGUGCGCGUACGCAACACUGCCUACGACACCCUCCCCGUGGUGCUGCACGGCAACGGCCCCACCAAGCUGCAGCUGAACUACCUGGGUAACUACAUCCCCAACAGCUGGACGUACGAGCUGGGGUGUGGAGUGUGCCACCUCAACACCAUCGACCUUUCUGCUCGAUCAGAGUCAGACUACCCCAUGGUGAUGAUCGGGGCCUUCAUCCAUCAGCCCACUCCCUUCCUCCCAGAAUUCCUUGGUCGAAUUGCGAAGCUGGACUACCCAAAGGACAAAGUGUCCCUCUUCAUCCACAACAAGGAGGUGCUGCACGAGCGCCAGAUUGAGAAGUUCUUCCGGACAAAUGGAGCUGUGUUUGCAAAGCUGCAAGUCGUGGGACCUGAGGAGAACCUGAGCCCCGGGGAGGCUCGCAACAUGGCCAUGGACCUGUGCCGCCAAGAUAAAGCCUGCGACUUUUACAUGAGCAUUGACUCGGACGUUGCCCUGACAAACCAACAAACCCUCAAAAUACUUAUUCAGCAAAACAGGGGAGUCAUUGCGCCAAUGGUGUCACGGCAUGGGAAGCUGUGGUCGAACUUCUGGGGAGCACUGAGCUUGGACGGGUUCUACGCUCGCUCGGAGGACUACAUCGACAUCGUGGAGGGGAAGAGACUAGGGGUUUGGAAUGUCCCCUACAUGUCGAGUGUGUACAUGGUGAACGGCUCACUGCUCCGGGCUGAACUCAAGAUGAAGAACAUAUUUGUGCUGAACAAACAGGACUCCGACAUGACCUUCUGCGUGAAUGUCCGGGCCCUGGGUGUGUUCAUGUACAUCACAAACAUGGUGGAGUUUGGCCGUUUGAUCACGAUGGAAAACUAUGACACCUCGCAUCUGCACAACGACCUGCGCCAGAUCUUCCAGAACCCCUUGGAUUGGAAAGACAAAUACAUUCACGAGAAUUACUCUAAGGUUUUAACCAAAGGCUACGUGAAGGAGCCGUGCCCAGAUGUUUAUUGGUUCCCGAUUUUUUCGGAAGCUGCCUGUGAAGAACUUAUUGAAGAAAUGGAGCAUUUUGGGAAAUGGUCAAGUGGUGCCCACAAUGACGAGCGCCUGGACGGGGGCUACGAGAACGUGCCCACCAUCGACAUCCACAUGAAGCAGGUCGCCAUGGAGCAGGAGUGGCUCAAGUUCCUGCUCGAUUACGUGGGCCCCGUCACGGAGAAGAUGUACCCCGGGUACUUCACCAAGUGCCAGUCCAACAUGAUGUUCGUGGUCCGCUACCGGCCGGAUGAGCAGCCCUCCCUGCGCCCCCAUCACGACGCCUCCACCUUCACGGUCAACAUUGCGCUCAACAGCGUGGGGGUGGACUUCCAGGGCGGGGGCUGCAACUUCUUGAGGUACAACUGCAGCGUGACGGCCCCACGCAAGGGCUGGGCCUUCCUGCACCCCGGCCGCCUGACGCACUACCACGAGGGGCUGCCCGUGCUCAACGGCACGCGCUACAUCGUCGUCUCCUUUGUGGACCCCUAAGCUGGGUCCCCACGGCGAAGCCACACUCCACUUCUCCCUGUACCUCCACCCACCUGCCGCCCUCCGCCGGUGCCUGUGAGCCACGCAGCGCAGCAGAACAACCUUGAAAAUCCCAGCGGUGGUUUCUGUGGCAUUACUGUGGAUACUGGUGGCGCCAUCAAUUGCCGACUUUGUUUAUUUAAAACGUAAAAAAAAGCUGCACACACCAAAUAACGUGCUAAGCGAAUUGAAGCCAGUUUUUAAUGGUUCGUGAAUGCCGUUCGGAACGAGCGCGUGCAGUUUUUUUCACAAGCUGGUCUCAGACAUCACAAAUCAAAUCUGCCAAAAGGGAUUUUGCUCUGCGGCCUAGCUCCCCAAGCUCGACCUGUGCACAUGCACUGAUUUUUUAUGCAAAAACACUCAUUUGGCCGUAGAAGGCCCCGGGAAGUCCCUGGGAAGGUCCCGUGUCCCUUAGUAUGAAGUGCAUCCUUACAACUUCAACAGUGUGGGCAGCAUAACCAGAUUUGACUCUGUAACCUUCUUGAAACUCUUCGAUAUUUUUACAUCCACAAUACUGUUAACAGUGAACAGUAUUUCCCUGCUGGGUGCCACUGUAAAGUUUAUAUUUGAAAGGAUUUUUCCUCAUGAGAAUUUCAACCGUAGUUUUGUUAUACACCACGAGUAAAUGCUGAUGGCAGGUCCCACUCACCUGCAGAGCGCUUGCAUGUUCACGGCCAACCAGACUUCAAUGCCUUGUGAGCCGUGACCUCGAUUUCCGUGCACAAUUUCACGACAUCGGUGUAAAAGAUGUGACACGACGUAGGCCAUCGCUGAUUCCGUAGUUUAUCCUGAAGGGAAUUGCCUUGUGUAGCAGCAGCAGCAGCAGCCGCCGAUCAGCCUCGUCAUUUCUCCCCAUCAGAUCCAGAGCGAUCUCCAGGUAUCCUGGCUCCCUCUGCGUGGGACGGGCUCAUUGACCACAGAUUACUGCUGAACGGAAUGCUCACGCUUCUGCCUCAACCGGGCAACGCAGCUGGGCUGCGUGCCGCACGCAGGGUCGGUGGGCCGCACGCGGUGCCGCUCCACAUUGGCCGAAACAACGUCGAACCAUAUUAGCAAGUGCCCGUCGCUAGCGGCUCUGCUCUUGCAGUCUCUUAUCUCGUUGCUCUCAAGAAUAGUUCCUAUUACCUCUUGAGUGUCUCAGCUGGAGCUGCAUGGGCAGCGGCUGACUGGCCGCGAGUGCUGGUUGAGGGGAGGCGGGUGGACACCAUAAAAAACGCGGGGCCACGUAGCAGCAGUGCGCGUCUCUCGCAGGAGCGUCUCGCCUCCGUUACGUGCCAGUCGGUGCCGCACUAACUGACCCGUAAUCCCUAACGCCGGGCAGGUUGCAGAAUGUGCGCGUGCGCGCGUCGGUGCAGUGCGGCACGCGGCUCGCCACGCAGUGCCUGCAUGGUGCGACAGGGCGCGGGACGCCUCGCUGCACCGCCGGUGGAGGUGGGGGGGGUGGCGCUUCCUCCUCGUGCCACUGGGGGGUUGCCAUCCUGCCCUGGUUUGACCUGGACAGGCCGGCAAUAGGCGUCAGCGUUAGGCAGGCAGCUCUCGCGUGUCCAGGUUGACGGUGGACUGCUCGGCGUUGAUGGACCUCGCCUCGCCGAAGAGCGUGUCCGGGUUUGGUCAGUGUACAAGGUUCGGCGGCCUUAGCACGGAGUGCACACACUGCAAUGCGACCUCCAGCCUCAGAACAGUUUUAUAUUGGUCACCCACUUUUUAUGCAUAUAAAUUGAGGUAAUGUAUUAAAAUCCCAUUUCAAUAUUAAUGUUCCUGACGUGUAUAACACUGAGUGUCACUUUUGGCAAAUCGAUUUUAAGACUAUAGACACCUUAACAUCUGCUAAGUGCCCAUCAUAAUAUUGCAUCGCUUCUUUCAUCGCUUCCCAUAUAUACACUGUAUGAAGUCAUUUUGAAUUGCCUUUUUGAUUGGAGUUAACACUGAACUUUACGGAAUCAUUUUCAUUUGAGUCAGGUUAUAUCUUUUUAACUCCACGUGGGCUAUUCAAUGCAUAUAUUUUACGCCUCUUCAAUCCAUCUCUAUCCUCGGCGAUGGCAGCCGCAGUUCCGCACUUCCGCAUGUCACGCACUUGGCAUAACGCUCCCAGGGGGCAAUCCCACUUUGGCUGGAGCACAAGUUUCUUGCACCGCUCUCUCUCUUCCCCUGUCCGUGACAAUUCACCGAUCUAAAUCGCAUUGUAAGCUACGUUCUUGUGACGCAAGUACCUCCGCACCUUCGAUUCGCACGGUUGGCUGCAUACACGGUGUGAAAUAAGUUCAGUGUACACACAAAGAAGUAUUUUUUUUCAAAAAGAGAUUUUUUUAAAAUUGCAGUGCAUAACUCGCUGAUGCCGCAUUGUCAAACGGUUCCCUACUUUGAGUGAAUUACAGUCCAGUGUUUUGUUACCCUGCCAUGUCUAAUCAUGCUUUUAACUUUUUUAUGUUUUCAAAUGGUGCUUUGGAUGAAUUUACAAUAAAAACAUAUUUUAUUCA